UUAAACCUCAUCAUCAUCAUCGUCAUCAAACUUGUAUCGUUAGUUGUGACUGUGCUACUCUUAUCUCUCCUCUCCUGCUAUAUAUAAGCGCUCCUUCAGCUUUUCUCUCCGAAACUGACUCAAUAGGCAACUCCCACAACAAUGGCAAAGAAGAAGAACAACAAAAACAACGAGAACAACAACAACAACAACAAUGAAAGCAAGAAUGAAGGAGAGAUUAAGAAGAAGGAGGGAGGAGACGCUGAGAAAAAGAAGGACGAAAAGAGUCCACCGAAUGUGGUGUUGAAGGUUGAAAUUCACUGUGAGGGCUGCGCCUCCAAAAUCGUCAAAUGUGUUCGGGGUUUUGAAGGUGUGGAGUCAGCGAAAGCAGAUAUGGGGUCAAACAAACUGACGGUAGUUGGAGCAGUGGAUCCAUCGAAGAUCCGAGACAAACUGGAGCAAAAAAUCAAGAAGAAGGUCGACCUCAUCUCUCCCCAACCCAAGAAAGACAAAGACAAAGAAAAUGCCCCGAAACCAGACAACCAAUCCAAAGACAAACCCUCUGAUGACAAAAAACCCAAAGAGCCUCCGGUGACGACGGCGGUUUUGAAGCUGGCCCUUCACUGCCAGGGUUGCAUCGAGAAGAUUAACAAGAUUGUGCUAAAAACCAAAGGAGUGCUGGAUAUGGCAGUGGACAGGCAGAAAGACCUGGUGACUGUUAAAGGAACAAUGGACGCUAAAGCGUUGGCUGAGACUCUGAAGGAGAGACUGAAGAGGCCCGUUGAGAUCGUGCCACCUAAGAAAGAAAAGGAGGAGAAAGAAUCCAACGGUGGUGGUAAGAAGAAGAAGAAAGGUGGCGGUGGUGAUGAGGGCGGAGAAGAUGAUGCUGAGAAUGGAGGAGGAGGAGGAGGCGGUGGGAGAAUGGAAGGCAACAGAAUGGAGCACAUGGUGGGUUUACCCGGGCUGGGCUAUGGAUACCCGUAUCCGUUGAGUGGAUACCCUGUGAGUGGACACGAAUACGGGUACCCGUAUCCGGUCCCGGUCGGACAAAUGCCUCCUCAUGCUCCCCAGAUGUUUAGCGAUGAAAACCCGAAUGCUUGUUCAUUGAUGUGAUGUUAUAGGAAGAAGAGAUUUGAAAAACGAAAAUUGUAAAUAAUGGGGGAAAUUUUGGGUUAAUGCUCUUAAUCUAGUUUAGUAAUGGUACUUUGCGGUUUAUGUAUUUUGAUAAUAAUUUCUUAUGUGUUGUUAUACAAAGUUUUUAUGUUUUAAUUUGUA